GUAGCCAUUUUAGGACCAAAUUAUGUAAAUAGGUAGUUCUGUUUGUUAUUGUAGCGUAUUUAAAUGGUCUGUUUUCGCUUGUGAUACUUCGUGCUGUUCUACAUGAAGCUUGGUGACGGUAUUUCAUAAAGUGAAAUAGACUUCGCGCCAUUUUACCGAAAUGGAAGAGGACAGAACAUCGGAAACUGUCGUAAUGCCGGACAUCUCCGAACCUCUAACGAACGAAUCCGAGGAACAUGGAGUUCUGACUUCGGAAUCACAUCAAACUGUGACACCGGUUGCAGUUCCAGUGGCAUCAGUUCCCGUGUCUCUUCCUGUUGGUUCACUAAUUGGGGUAGCGAGUACUGGUACAACAUUUAACGUUAUCACACCUGAUCAGUUACAGUUACCUGCUUCUGCUCAGUUCAAGCCCCAUGUGUUGUGUGUGGACAACAGUUUCAUCUGCGAUACUCGGCAGGAUAAGGACUCAGAACCACUGCGCACCUGGGUGAGAUCACAGAAUGGAGAGCUGAAAGCGACACACAUAGUAAUACAGAAUGACCCAGGCAGUAGCGAUGAGCCCAACACCCCUUCCAGUAUUCCUGGCACUCCUAUGGGACUGCGGGGCGAGACAGUUCCCAGUUCUUGGACGGAAUCAGCUAACAUGCCUGUUCUGCCAGUGAGGUGUAAGAAUACAAGCGCAGAGUUGCAUAAGCAUCGGUUUGGCUCAGGCGGACGAGGGCGUUGUAUCAAGCUGGCUGAUUCGUGGUAUACCCCAAGUGAAUUUGAAGCGCUCUGUGGUCGAGCAUCUAGCAAAGACUGGAAGAGAAGCAUCAGGUUUGGUGGUCGGAGUUUGCAGACUUUGAUUGAUGAAGGGAUCCUGUCACCACACGCCACAAGCUGUACCUGUUCUGCAUGUUGUGAUGAUGACACAGCAACUGGACCGGUACGUCUUUUCACACCAUACAAGCGUCGCAAGAGAAAAGAUACAUCAGAUGGAGAGGGAGGCAUGCCGCGCAAAUUGAAACGUGCAGUAUCCAAAGAUGGCAGUAAUGGGGAGGACAGUGACGCAGAUCCAAUUGCUGUAGUGUCUGGUGACAGCAAACCUAUCAUCGGUGGUCCAGGAGGAGAGGAGUGGCACAAUGCAGCAUAUGUUCAAGGUCGCUUGGGUGAUGGGAUGGUGGUUACUUCUUCGCCAGUCUCAGGAAACCAGCAGCAGACAAAUUCAUCAUCCCCCCCUCACGGUUCCACCUCGCAGUCUGGAGCAGGAGCAGAGGGUACAGAGUUUCAGACUGUUGGAUCACAGACCUCACACUCAGAUCUUUUCAAGAAACUUGAGGAGAUGUCAGCAAGGAUGUUGAAGUUAGCACAUCACUUCCAGCGGACUUUGGAAGAAGCUCGAGAACAGUGCCAGCGGGAAAUUAACAGUUUGAAAGAAGCCAAAGAACAGGCUGUGUUGGCAGCCAGAGUUGAGACUCAUGUUGCAUGUACCAGGGCCGUGUUUGAACCACGUGCUGGAGAAACUGCUCUUCCAGUUCAUGUGGUGGACCCCAUUGAAACCGUUGGAUUGCAGCCAACCUCAGAUGCUACUGAAAACAAGAAGUGUGCCAACUGUAACCGUGAGGCAUAUGCGGAGUGUUCGCUGUGCCGACGAACACCCUACUGCUCAACAUUCUGCCAGCGCAAGGACUGGGCAAGUCAUCAGGUGGAGUGUGUGCGCAGUGCAACAGAGCCUGGUUCCAUCAUGCUUAUAGUAGAGAGUUCAGAACAGGUUCUCACAUCACAGCCUGAGUAGUAGUUAGGUAAUUCCUUAUGUAAUGUUAGCUGUAUGACUGAAUUUGUUACCUGCUGCACUUGAUUUUAUUUCAAGAUAAGUUAAUGAUAGAAUUUAAAAUUACAGUAAAAGUAAAGCUAUCCUUGUACCAGGCCGUGAAGGCCCAUAGGAUUGUGAGACA